AUCAGCCUCACGAGGGAAGAAACACGAUCGACCACCGUCACGUUUCAAACUCCGCGGUUUGCUCGCGUGUAGCUCUGCUGUCGAUACAUUGUGGCGCGGUUUGCUCGCGUGUAGUUCUGCUAUUGACACAUUGUGGCGCGGUUUGCUCGCGUGUAGCUCUGCUAUCGACACAUUGUGGCGCGGUUUGCUCGCGUGUAGCUCUGCUAUCGACACAUUGUGGCGCGGUUUGCUCGCGUGUAGCUCUACUAUCGACACAUUGUGGCGCGGUUUGCUCGCGUGUAGCUCUGCUAUCGACACAUUGUGGCGCGGUUUGCUCGCGUGUAGCUCUGCUAUCGACACAUUGUGGCGCGGUUUGCUCGCGUGUAGUUCUGCUAUCGACACAUUGUGGCGCGGUUUGCUCGCGUGUAGCUCUGCUAUCGACACAUUGUGGCGCGGUUUGCUCGCGUGUAGUUCUGCUAUCGACACAUUGUGGCGCGGUUUGCUCGCGUGUAUUUCUGCUAUUGACACAUUGUGGCGCGGUUUGCUCGCGUGUAUUUCUGCUAUUGACACAUUGUGGCGCGGUUUGCUCGCGUGUAGCUCUGCUAUUGACACAUUGUGGUGCCCCGCCGCUGCGGGAAACGUCGCCUGUCGGUCCCCAUGGAGACCGUUCAACACAAGUUUAACCGAAGAUAAUCGCAACUUUGACGCUUAUAAUGGCCCGGUGUGUGCCGCAGCGGCCGCUAUACUGCUGACCUCAGAUGCCCCUUUACCGCUGCUGCAGGCCCCGCGCGUCGGUGACGGCAUGGGCACCUUGUCCGCUGCGUGCGCGCCCGUUUUGCUGCUCCUUCCCCCCGCGCUCGCCAUUAACGUGCUGCUAUUGACGUGUCUCUUCGCCGGCCGCUGGUCCGACCCGAAGGUCGGAUUGCUGAAGUCGGCCCACGCACCGCACAAUCAAACGACAGUGAACGCCAAACGUGCUGACGGCCGCGACGCCUCCUGCACCGCGGCCCCGGAGAGUCGCUUCGACUGCGCACGGGACAAGGCUGUGAGCCGGGAGGAGUGUGAGGGGCGAGGGUGCUGCUACGCCCCUUUGCCCGAUUUCGCGUUCGGCGGACCUCCUUGGUGCUUCUAUCCCCGGUCAUAUAGCGGCUACGGGAUGGGUCCGCUCACUCCAUCCCAGCGUGGCCUGGCUGCCGUUCUGAUGCGGCCCGACCCCUCCUACCUGCCCAAGGACAUCCCCACUCUCCGUUUAGAGGUUAUGAAGGAGACCGCGGGUCGUCUGCAUCUCACCGUGAAGGACCCGUCAUCCCGGCGAUAUGAAGUCCCACUCCCCAGCGGUAGACCAGGAGGAAGUGUUAAAACUCAAGACACCCUGUAUGCCAUAGAGUUUAACACCGACCCCUUCGGCUUCAUAGUGAGACGAAAGUCCAACGGAAGAGUGAUUGUGAAUACCACGGUCGCUCCUCUGCUGUUUGCCGACCAAUACCUGCAGCUGUCAACCAGCCUGUCCUCUUCUCUGGUGUCUGGCCUGGGGGAGCAUUACACUCCCCUGUCCCUCGACCUCAACUGGACCUCCCUCACUCUUUGGAACAGAGACAUGGCCCCUCAUGCUAAUUCCAACCUCUAUGGCUCCCAUCCGUUCUGUGUAGUACAGGAGGAGGAUGGUCUGGCCCAUGGAGUUUUCCUACUCAACAGCAAUGCAAUGGAAAUAGCGUUGCAGCCAACCCCCGCUCUCACCUGGGUGGCCGUCGGGGGAAUCCUGGACCUCUACAUCUUCUUGGGUCCCGACCCUCAAAGUGUCGUCCGACAAUACCUCCAGGUUAUUGGAUACCCUAUGAUGCCCCCCUAUUGGUCCUUGGGCUUCCAUCUAUGUCGCUGGGGCUACUCGAGCACUAAUGCUACCCGGGAGGUAGCCCAACGCAUGCAUAAUGCAAAUUUUCCUCUGGAUGUGCAGUGGAACGACCUCGACUAUGCAGAUAACCGUAGGGUGUUCACCUAUGACCCCCGCCGAUUUGGGGACCUCCCAGACAUGGUGGAGGAGUUCCACCAAAGAGGAAUGAAGUACGUCCUCAUCCUGGACCCUGGAAUCGGCAGCAGCAGCCCCCCUGGAACAUACCCCCCCUUUGAUGAUGGGCAGAAAAGAGGGGUUUUCAUUAAGAACGCUUCAGGACAGACCUUAAUAGGGAAGGUGUGGCCGGGCCCGACAGCCUUCCCCGAUUUCACUCACCCGGAGACGAGAAACUGGUGGGAAGACUGCAUCAGGGAAUUCCACUCUAAAGUCCCUCUAGACGGUCUAUGGAUUGAUAUGAAUGAACCCGCCAGCUUUGUGCAGGGCUCAGUCGAGGGCUGUCCUGACAGUGAACUGGAGAACCCUCCCUACACGCCGAAGGUGGUCGGAGGCCAGCUGAACUCUGGGACUCUCUGCAUGUCAGCCCAGCAAGAGAUUUCCACUCACUACAACCUGCACAACCUUUAUGGGCUGAUGGAGGCUAGCGCCACCCAUAGCGCUCUGACGAAGGUGCGAGGGAAGCGACCUUUUGUCCUGUCCCGCUCCUCCUUCCCGGCCAUCGGACGGUUCUCGGGGGUAUGGACGGGAGACGUAAGAAGUGAUUGGGAGCAGCUCCGAUACUCCGUCCCUGCCGUGCUGCAGUUUGGCCUGUUUGGGGUGCCCCUGGUCGGGGCAGACAUCUGCGGCUUUGGGGGCAACACUACUGAGGAGCUGUGUGUGCGCUGGAUGCAGCUGGGGGCCUUCUACCCGUUUAUGAGGAACCACAAUGACCAGCCCAACGCCCCUCAGGAACCCUUUGUGUUUGGGCAGCAGGCCCAGGCAGCCAUGCGGCACGCAUUGAAUCUGCGGUACUCCCUUCUUCCUUUCCUCUACACACUCUUCCACCACGCACACACCUCUGCUGACACUGUGGCCAGACCUCUCUUCCUUGAGGAUGUCUCCUGCUCUCCGCUCAUCUCGAAUUUCUUCUGCGCAUUAUUAUCCUUUUUGGCUGUUUCGACUCUGUAUUUUCAGAAUAGCGCAACGUGUCGUGGUAUAGCCACGCUGUACUGCCAACAUAUGAUAAUGAGCCCGGUCGAUUCACAAUCUCAGUGUGCAUAUUUUUCCACUCCUCCAUGCCUAUCCGUCCCCCUCAGGUUUCCCACUGACCCUAACUGUCAGACGAUAGACCGACAGUUCCUGUGGGGGUCUUCGCUUCUUGUCAGUCCCGUCUUGGAGCAAGGGAAGGAAGAGCUGGCUGUCUACCUCCCACCGGGAACUUGGUACAGUCUGCACAAUGGUCAACCCUUCUAUAGCAAGGGCCAGUAUCUCCUCCUACCAGCCCCUCUGGAUACCAUCAAUGUCCACGUGAGGGAAGGGCACGUUGUCCCACAACAGGAGACAGCCUUGACGACCACCGCCUCACGCCGGAACCCGUUUUUCUUGACAGUGGCACUGUCAGCUGGGGGCUGGGCUCGGGGGGACUUGUUCUGGGAUGAUGGGGACAGUCUUGGUACCUUUGAGACAGGAGAUUACUCCUAUGUUCUAUUCAUAGCUGGGCAGUCCCAGCUGGUCAGUGAUCCUGUCAAGCUGAACGGGGCCCUGGAUGGCCUGGUCGUUGGAGGGCUUCGGGUGUUCGGCGUGCCCUCCCCUCCUCACUACGUAUGGGCAAAUGGGGAAAAGAUCAGGGAUUUCACCUAUCGCAGUGACACCAAGGCUCUGACAGUGACCAGUUUGGCCCUCGCCAUGUCUGAAGUGUUCACAGUCCAGUGGGCUCUGUAAUCCAUCGAACCAUCUUUCUCAACAGCUUUGUGGUGUCGUCACAUCCUUUACUGCCCUCCAAGUAGAUCAGGUGCAUAAGGACGGCCUUCUCCAAGACUGACACCAUCCGAUCUUACCAGACUGCUGAUUAAGACGAUAUGUUCCCGAGCUGUUGCCUCAUCUCCCUGACUGGCAACAGUGGGUACUGACAUUUGAAGGUGCUGUGUUCUGUGGCUUCUAGAAAGUGAUCAUCUUUAUCUAGCUGGUUCUCGUACCCAGUAAUCUGCUCCCAGGACAAUCGAGGCACUGCUAAAAAAUGGAUUUUAUACAAGCAGGCUGUAACUCCCCAUGGAUUUUUGUAAAGCUUGUUUAAUGUGUUGUGCAAAUGUGUUUUUAGAUAAGAGUUGAAUCAUGAUUCAUUUUUCCAGUUAUACUAACAUACAAUAUGUUGAGUGCUCCCUAUCAGAUAGUUAUAUUUCCUGAUCAUUUACGAUGCGUUGUUUGGCAAAACCUAUUUGUCUCAUAACAAUACACUGUCAUUUAUAAUUGGCUUGUCUCCGUGCUUAAUAUUGUCUUAAUGCUCGAAUGUCAUCAGGUACGCAGAUGGGUGGAAAUGUGUUGCCACUGAACCUGAGCGAUUGAAUGCAGCGCAUCUGCUGAAACAUAUUGAAUUAUGGAAUGGCUGUUAAAAUGCGUAGCCAUCUGGGCGGCACGGUGGCCCAGUGGUAAGCACUGUUGCCUCACAGCAAGAAGGUCCUGGGUUCGAACCCUGCGCCUUCUGUGUGGAGUUUGCAUAUUCUCCCCAUGUCUGCUUGGGUUUCCUCCGGGUGCUCCGGUUUCCUCCCACCAUCAAAAAGACGUGCAUGUUAGGAAUAAUACUCCUGUCUGUGCCCCUGAGCAAGGCAAUGGGAAGAAGAACUGGAGCUGGUCCCCGGGCGCUGCAGCUGCCCGCUGCUCCUAUACAGAUGCAGAGAACAGAUUCAUUUUCAGAAUACAAUUCGUUGUAAGAAUGCAGUGACAAAAUAAA